ACGGGCUUAUUCUGUUGUGCGGAAUUCCCAGGAAAGCUUUGUCUUCGCCAGGUCGCGGAGGAGCUUCGGUGCGACAGUUUUAUCGUCUCUGACGAUACAUUUGCGCACUUGAAUUCAAUUGCUUGUUCUCUGAAGAGGAGAGGAGUUUCUGGGUUUUGGUUGCGCAUUGAAGUGGGGUAGAAUUUUCGGAAUUAGGGUAGGGGGAUUUCCUGCGCAGUGUAACAUUGCGGGUUGUGUUUCUGUCCACCAUGAGAAGACGCAGUGUUGUAGCAUUUCUGUGACCCGAGGAGGGUUUAAUUGUUUGUAUCUCUGGCGGUUGGAGUUGCCGGAAAGGCUGAGUGGAGACGUUGUUUCUGGCUCAGUUAGUGAUGGAAUCUCUGGCGGUGAGCACCAGCCGGCUUUUCGGAGGCACCACCAUUUCGUCCGUUUGCUCUUGCUCAAACCAUGUCAGGAUUUCUCCUAGCCUUGCCUCUGUGCCUGUUUUUGGGCCCCGGAUAGGCCUUUCUGUCGUUACAUGUCAGGCACAGAAGUCUAACAAGAAGGCUUCGAGCUCGGGGGGUGGCUUUGGUUCUAAAACCGUCCCAAAACCUACUGUUGAUUCUGCGUUAUUGCUGAGAAGGUCCGAACAAGCGUACACGCGUUUGAUGUCUGAACAUAUUCUAGAUGGUGAUGUGCGCGAAUUCGUGAUAUGCGUUCGACAGAAGGGAAGUAUGAAUCACGAAGUUUUGGGAGACUGGCUUCCCGUCGCUGAGCUUGCGUUGGUAUCUGACAGGGAUGCGUCUGCUGCCCUACCUGUGGCCUUGCCUGUUCUAUGCCGAGAAGUCGCCGAAUGUGCUGGAAAGGGAGCCCCUUCGUUGCGUACUAUUCCCAGAAACAACCUAGAAUAUGCGUAUGAACCUGCGGAGGCAUUUUAUGAAUUUGUCUUGGGAACUGGGAGCUCGUCACAACCUUUGACGAAUGCCGAGUGCCCAUACUCAGUGCUUGGGCUUGCCAAAGGAGCUUCCACCUCACAGGUUCGUACUGCAUAUAGAACUUUGGCCGCGAAGUUUCAUCCUGACAGGCAAGCCGCUGGAGAACAAGAAACGGCGGAAGAAGAAUUUAAGAGGGUGACGAGGGCGUAUGACCAAAUCAAGAGAACUGGAUUAACCAACGAUGGUGACAUUGCAACCUACGCUUCUCUAGGAGGAACUGGUCGCAACAGUCUUAGUGAACCUAUCAACAUGACCAGCCAAAACAUGCAAGCCAAGCUCCCUGCCGAUAUUCAAGUUGCUGUUCGCCCGCUUGACUCUGAGAUUAUCAACCGUUUUCUGGCAAGGUCUUGUGCAAGACAAGCCGCCACAGUUGGUGUUUGAUUUUUGCAUUAGACAUUUAUGAACGUGAUAUUUUAAGCCUCGUGUAUACAAGUUUACGAUGGUAGCAGAUCAAGACUGAUUCAAACUAUUGUUUUGUUGUAGCGAACAGUCCAAGAAUGUUAUUUAAUUCGUCUAACUUAUGAUCAAUUGUGACGGGAACCUUCCUGUUUAAUUUACAGAGAAUUGGGAAUGAAGAUGUUAAUUAGUAGUUA